CACUUAUGGCGGACGAAAGGUGGGUACGUGAAGGGAAAUGACUAAUGAGAUGAAUGAAACUUGAAAGCAACAAAUUCAAUCGGCGGCAUAUUCCAGCUCCGAUGGAAUCCCCAACACGCCGUGUUCGACCCGCUUCGAUCUCUCCCUCGUCUUCUUCCUCUCCCCAUCAGUGUUCCCCUCUCUCGAUUUCCUGUCGUGAUCAGUUACUGAGGCUAGUGUGGCCUCGUCGAUCUCCGAGGUGGCAAUGAGAAAGAUGGAUGAAUCUGCUUCGCCGGGGUGGCAAUCGAGCGCUCCCUUCUUCCUCUUCCACGGCUAUCCGCUGGUCUCCGCCGUCCUCGCCUUUGUCAUCGCUCAAUCAGCCAAGAUCUUCACUACCUGGUAUAAUGAAAGGCGCUGGGAUCCUAAGCGGCUUAUUGGUUCUGGUGGUAUGCCUUCAUCCCAUUCAGCGACAGUGGUUGCGCUAGCAGUAGCCACUGGAAUUCAUGAUGGCUGGGGCAGUUCUUCUUUUGCUACAUCAACAAUAUUAGCAGCUGUGGUGAUAUGUGAUGCUUCUGGCGUCCGAUUGCAUGCUGGAAAGCAGGCAGAGGUGUUAAAUCAGCUUCUAUAUGAACUUCCAGAAGGGCAUCCACUCUAUGACUACAGACCACUGCACGAACUUCUUGGCCAUACUCCUCUUCAGGUUGCAGUGGGUGCGGUACUGGGCUGUGCUGUAGCUGUAGUAGAUCAAUUAGUAGGCACAUUGGCUCGAAGUGCAUGGCAAACAGAAUUAGUAGACACAAGUUGAUAUAAAUUGGCAUCGAGCUGUGCUUAAAUCUAAAGAAAUAUUAGUAUUGGAUAGUUAAGUUGUUCAUACAAAGGGUGAAAUUUAAUACACGCACUUAGUCUAUAUGUGUGUCACUGUGAAUGCUACUACUAUCAUUAGAUUUCAAUGUACCAUUCUUUCUGUAAUA